GCUGACUUGGAGCCCGCAGUUCGUGACCUCACCCGAGAGUACCACGACGUUUUCCCAUCGUCGUUCUCGUACGCCGGCAUCCCACCGAUGUGUGACAUCGAGCACUCCAUUCAGCUCGUGCCUGACUAUCGUGUUCACCACCAGGCACCCUACAGACUCUCGAUCCCCGAGGCCACCGAACUCAAGCGUCAGCUUGAGGAGCUCCUGAGACUGGGUUUCAUUAAACCCAGCGACUCCCCGUGGGGUGCACCCGUCCUCUUUGCUCACAAAGCAGAUGGAACUCUUCGUCUCUGCAUCGACUACCGCGGCCUCAACCGCUACACGGUUAAGAACAGCUACCCCAUGCCUCGUUCCGAUGAGUNUCUUCGUCUCUGCAUCGACUACCGCGGCCUCAACCGCUACACGGUUAAGAACAGCUACCCCAUGCCUCGUUCCGAUGAGUUGUUCGACCGCCUAGUAGGCAACCGCUUCUUUACGAAGAUUGAUCUUCGUAGCGGUUACCAUCAGAUCCGCGUCGCUGCAGCCGACCAGCCGAAGACCGCGUUCGGAUCGCGAUUCGGCCACUACGAGUUCACGGUGAUGCCAUUCGGCCUCACCAACGCACCCGCUACCUUCCAGAGGGCGAUGAACGACAUCUUCAGGGACAUCCUGGAGCAACAUGGCUUCUACGCGAAGCUAAGCAAGUGCCGCUUUGCCCAGCACAAAGUGGAUUUCUUAGGACACUACGUGUCAGAGCAGGGUCUCCACAUGGACGACGUGAAGAUCACUGCUAUUGCGGAGUGGACCGCUCCCACAUCCGCCAAGCAGCUUCGCAGCUUCCUAGGCCUGACCAGCUACUAUAGUUACUUCAUUAGGGAAUACGCUAGGUAUUCCUACGUCCUUACCUCCACCCUCCUCCGGAAGAACCCACCCUGGGCUUGGACACCCCUCCACGAGGACGCCUUCCGCGCAUCGGUUCUUCACCUACCCGAUUUUGACCGCCCUUUUAUCCUUACCACCGAUGCGUCAGACUUCGCUGUAGGAGCAAUGCUUUCUCAGGUCUUCCCCUCAUCUCCUGAUUCCUCUCAUCCUCGUAUCCCUCGCUUCCCACCACCUACCCCUACCACUGCUUCCCGACUGACGCCUACUCGUCCAGCUACUGACGAGCCUGCUAUUAACUAUUCUCCGACCAUCGCCGAGGACGACACUGUCGAGUCUCGCUCAGGUGAUUGUCCGAUAGCCUUCUACUCCGGUCAGCUCCUGCCCGCCGAGAUAAACUACACUGCUGAUGAACGUGAGGUUCUCGCAGUAGUUUAUGCCGCUCGGCACUGGCGUCACUACCUGCACGGGGCACCAUUCAUGAUGCGCACGGACAACUCUGUUGUCCAGGUUUUUCUGACAAAGCCGAAGCUCACUCCUCGACAGGCUCGCUGGUGGCGCGACCUAUCCGAGUUUAGUUUCACCACUGAGCACAUCAAGGGUGAGACUAAUCGGGUCGCAGAUGCCCUAUCCUGGCGCCCUGACCACGACCAGGAGCACAUCCAACUCUCUUCCAUCUCGGUCAGCAUUGUCCACCACUCGGUGAUCGACGAGUUUCGCACUCAGUACCGCCACUGCCCCGACUAUCGCGACAUCCACGCGACCCUGCGGAGUGGCAAGACCGUCCCGAACUACUCUCUCGGGGACAACGGUCUUGUGUACUGGCACGGUUCACAGGGCACCAGAGAGCCCCGUAUUUGUGUUCCCUCCACUGGACAACUACGUGUCCGAGCAGUAGCAGAGUUCCAUAACCAGGCAGUUGCCGGUCAUAUGGGCUUCCACAAGACGUUGGCUCGUGUGAGCCGUCUGUACGUCUGGCCGAAGCGCAAGGACUUUGUGAAGGACUACGUCGYAGAGUGUCCCACCUGUCAGGAGGUGAACAGUGCGAACCACCUACCUUAUGGUUUGCUUCAUCCUCUUCCUAUCCCUGAGGAUCCUUGGCAGUCCAUCUCGAUGGACUUUAUCGGUCCUCUUCGACCUCCGACCCCCCGCGGUCAUAAUGCUAUCCUGGUCGUCGUCGACCGCUUCACGAACCGUGCACGCGUUGGGGGUGUAUUGGAUGAUGCACGUCGUGCCUCUGCCGGGGACACACAUGACCGUAAUUCCGUCCGUCGCUCUCUCGUCUCCCGGUUCGACGAGGAUGACAUUGUGUGUGAUAGCGGAGAUGGGCCCGGCCGUUGCGAUCCUGACGCUCAAAAUCUUGGUGUGGGUCGUUCUGAACACUCGGGCGGGUCCUUGGGGCAAUUCGGUUCGCAGUCAACUGGUUCCCCGAAUUACUCUCAUUUGUUCCUAAUUACCGCUUGCAAGGAGGGACUGCGCCCUUUACAAUCUGCGAUGAAAGAAGUGAGCGACAAGUUUGGGGUCAUGAGCGAUGUCAUCGACCGACUGUUGCAUUGGUCAUUGUCAGCCAUCCGGUCAGAGUUCGGGGACGGUGUGGCGUCGAGGAUCGAGAGAACACUACCGGCCAGCAGUCGUGCAGAUGUGUUUCGUCUCGGAGCAGGAGGGGAUGAUUCGACAGCAGACGCUGAGGAUGAUGGCGAGCGUGAGGGUGAAGGGAGCAGUGGAGGCAAUGGCGGGUCAUUUUGUGGGUCGGAUGAUUCACUACCGCAUUCAGGGCACGGGUCACAGCGUGGCCACAGAUCGCGCGGGCGGCCACCAAGCCGUGGCAGGUCGCGUUCGCGUUUCGAACAUGUACGUCCUCUGUGCUGGGAUGAUUCGAAGGAUGGUGCUUUGCAAAACGGACCUUGCAAUAAUCGGUCUGCACAUGUGUUGGAAUCGAUGGGGCACUGGGAAGGCUCGAAAGCGCCUGAUCUGGUCUUCGUGGAGCCGGUGAAGCUGCUGCAGUUGCUCGGGUUGUUCACUUUAGCAGCAGUUGUUCCAUGCGACCGUCAGUGCAGUAUGACAUAUACCGUCCUCAACGACUUCUGCAUCGCGUUUGGGGUGGCACCUGUGCACAAGCCCACUUUUUACAGUUGCAUGCGCGGUGAGCCGAAUGUGCGUGAGGGUUGGAAUGCAAAGGUUGUCAGGCAGGGCGUGCGGUAUUGCAACUUGGCCAUUGACACGGUUAUGCGAUCAGGGAGACGCGCCACUUUGAUGGUUGACGGUCGCCACGACUCGGCCAAGUCUGCACAACAUUGCACUGUUACCGUGAUUGAGUGUGAUACUCGUCUUGUGGUGGGUGUUCACACUCUUCGGCCAAAAAAUGAGGGAAAGGCGUCGAACCAACUUGAGGUUCCUGUUGUUGUGCGCCUGUUGAGAGACUUGCUGUCGAGGGGGUUAAAAAUCCGAUGUGUUGUCUCCGACGAUUGUGCUGCAUUGGGUCCACAGUUGGAGCGCCUGGGUAUUGAAUGGCAGAAGGAUUGCCAUCAUAAGGUAAAAAACAUUCGCAAGGCACUUAGAAAAGUCGUAACACUGAAGGUGCCAAAUAAAUUGAACAACCCUCAUCAGUGCGUGUCUGAAUCUCAGUUUAUACAGUUCACGAAGAAGGAGCUGUUGGAUGCCUUGACGGACCGUUUUGGACCAGGGUCUUUGACGGCAAAAGAAAAACGAUUGAAGAAGAGUGACUUCGUUGCCGUUGUGAUGAGCAAAAUGUACCCGUACGGCACGAUGAAAAACAACAAAUCCUUGGUCGUGGAUGCAGAUGGUGUGACUGAGUUCCAUAUGCAUGAGGUGGGGCAUUGGUUUCUUCGCGCUUCCCAGCUUUGCAGAGGUGAGGGCGGCGACUUCGUCACUCUGCACAAUAAUGUCAUGAUGAUCGCCGACCAUUGGGCCGGGGACCACUCCAGGUGCGUUGCGGACAGAGAGCUUCUAUGCUCAAAGGCGGGUGGCCCAUCUCGGCUGCCUCUGUACACGCACGACCCCGUGUAUGACAUCAUUCGCCAGACGUUGCGCAGGCAUUGCAGCACGACCGUUUGUUCGUACUACACGGAGUUCCGUCACACGUCGACGGUUGAGACCUUCCAGGGCACAAUCAUCAUUUACGCGAAGAAGGCCUUGCACUUCGAGAAGUCGUAUGAGCCGCGUUUGGCGAUUGCAGUCUUUCGAUGGAACAGUCAUGCAUGGCAGGAUCCCUUGGAGUAUCGUGUCCGCAGGCCCCGAUCCGCGGCUGCAGGACGGAAAUCGAUGAUCCCAUCUGUGAAAGAUGCGCUGGAGCGUCCCGGCUCGGGCGACGGUGAGGAGGUUGGCGGCGUCCACGUGGCAUUCGGAGAGGAAGACGGCAGCAGGCGGACAACAGAGAUUGGCGUGCGGCAUGCUCGAGAGCAUGAUGAGCAGCAGCUCUUCAUGCGCAAUCCUAUGGCUGCUGGAACUCAGAUUACAGAUCUUCCAGAGCACUUGAUCUGUGAGAUCUUGGGGAGGCUUCCGGGGGCCAAGAGCGUGUGCAUCGCUGCAAGGGUCUGCUUGAGGUUUGCGCAAGCGGCGCGGUGCGAUCUGACGUGGCAGCUCUUGAUGCCACGUGGCGGCGACCGGCUGUUCCUUGAGAGGGCGAACAUAGUAGUGAAAAGGAAAAAAAGCAAACGAAAGGGAAAAGGAGGAGGGAGCUCAAAGCUUGGACCAGAGGGCGUGCAUCAGCAAAGUGCAUGCGAGAAGCCGACAACAGACGGCUGUGGGAAGUGCUUGCCAACAGCAGAUUGCGCGACGAGACUGUGCGACGCUUGUGCGAGGAGGAAAAAGGCAGCACUCAGUGCAAGGCAAAGGUUCCGCCUACUGUGUAGGGGCCUCAGAGAUAACCAAUCGCCUCACGUUCUUUACAAAAUCCGCAGGAAGAAGCGCGCCAUAGUCGCCUGCUUUGCCGGCCUUGGGAUGAAUGUCCUAGAUGAGGAGGAAGAGUAUGUCGAACCUGAUGUCUUUGAAAGCGUCUUCAAGAAUGCAUUAGUGAUUCCUGAUGUGGCGCCUUAUGCUAGCGUGGAGGUUAACGGCAAGUUUGAGUGUGCUCUGCCUCCUGGUCGAUACGAGUGUUUCUUGCGCAUGCAUGGGACACCGGAGAAUUUGGAAGACAGCGAAUGGGGGUAUUUAUUCAAGGAGAGGCCGAACUUGAGUGUGCAGGUCGAUCCAGGGAACGCAAGAGGAGGAGAAGCACGAGCAGGAGGAGGACGAGGAGGAGGAGGAGGAGGAGGAGGAGGAGGAGAGCUGCUGUGAGGAGUGGACGACGGGAGAGGAGAGUUAUGAGGAGGAGGAAGAUGUAGAGGCUUCGGAGCUU